AUGCUUUCUAGAUCAACCAGACAGGUGUUGCGUCUAGCGUGUCGUGCAACUAGAACACAGACGAGAAGCAAUACAACCGCCACGAACGCAAAAAUCGACGAUAUCGUCUCGAGUAUAUCAAAGUUGUCCUUACUGGAGACUGCAGACCUGAUUCAGUCCCUCAAAACCAAGCUGAACAUCUCAGAAGUAGCAGCACCCGUGGCCACGGGAGGAACUGCAGCCGCCACUGGAGCAGCCGCGGCGGCACCUGCAGUUGCAGAUGAACCCGAAAAGACCGUCUUCAAUCUCAAGCUGACCUCAUUCGAUGCAGCCUCCAAAGCUAAAAUAAUUCGCGAAGUCAAAGCAAUGCUGGGGCUCAACCUUGUUGAUGCGAAGAAGUUUGUCGAGAGUGCACCCAAGGUCUUGAAGGAGGGCGUUACCAAGGAGGACGCCGAAAAAAUCAAGAAAGCCCUCGAGGCUGUUGGAGGCAAGGUUGACCUGGAGUAG